UGAGUGCAGAAGAGUCCAGUGAAGUCCAGCUGAGAGAGAUACAGGAUUUGAUCGUGUGCUGGUCGUGUCAGGUGGACUGUAGGUCUGUAAAGAGCUCUGCAGAAGUCCUGAGGUGGUGUAGUUUGUGAGUAGUUGACAGAUCGGUCAGUAGAGCGGGUUGUACGAGUGGUCAUAUCUGCAGUCGUGCUGUCUCUGUAUGUAGUGAGGAGGCUCUGUAACUCAGGAAGAAUGCAGGUUGGUUUGUAUCUGCUGCUUGUGCUCCACAUUGCUGAAGGCUGCAAACUGAAAGAUGGAAAGUUUGAAGAGAUUACUGCAUACACAGGAGGGUCAGCACUGCUGCCCUGUUACUGCACUGACCCACAAGCCACACCUGGGAGAUUUACCUGGAAAAAACUUUACACAGACAACGACAUGAUGAAAGAGAUGUCCAGUGAAAGGAGUCAGUACAGAGACAGAGUUCAGCUGGUUAAUGGUCACUCUCCAGGAAAUCUCUCUCUACUCAUAUCACUCCUCACUGAAGAGGAUGGAGGAGAUUACAGGUGUUAUUUGGAAAGUCGAUACACAGACAUCAGACUCACAGUUAAAGGCUGCACUCUGACCAACCGUCAGAAAACAUUAUAUAUCACAGCUCAUACAGGAGGGUCAGUACUGCUGCCCUGCUCCUGCACUGAGCUACGUGUCAAACCUAAGACAUUCACCUGGAUGAAAUACAAUCAAAAGUGGGACAGGAUCCCCUUUGAAAGUGGUCAGUACAGAGACAGAGUUCAGCUGGUUAAUGGUCACUCUCCAGGAAAUCUCUCUCUACUCAUAUCACACCUGACUGAAGAGGAUGGAGGAGAUUACAGGUGUGAUUUGCCAAGUGGAUACACAGACAUCAGACUCACUGUUAAAGCAGCCACAGCUAAACCCAUGACUAUUACAUCGCCCUCAAUCUAUAAACCAAACCCCCAAUCAACCGGGAAGUCUGAUGGAAGCAGUACUGUCAUUUCAACCAAAUCUCAUACACAACAAGAUGUAUCCAGUCCAUCAACCAAAGAGUUGAUCAUCUAUGCUACUGUGGGGGGCUUACUGCUGUUAAUGGUACUGAUUGGGGUCAUCUACUGGAGAUACAGAGCUAAAAGACAAGGGCAGAUGGAGGACGGUGAGAGAAAACCAGAAUGGAGAAGAGAUCAGGAGACACAGAACGAAGUGCUGUUUACCACUGUAAAUGAAGACAAUAGGAACAAAAUAAAAAAAACAGAUGAUUACGAGGGACUGUAUGCUGGUGUAAAUAAAGCCAAAUGCACAAAAGUUGAAAACGACGAUGUGACGUACUCUACUGUAGUCCACAACAAAAGAUCAACACCAGCAACUGUACUGUUGGACACUGAAGAAACCACAGAGUACGCCAGCAUCAAACUGAACUAACUCUCACAUACAUACACACACACACACACACACACACACUUACAUACACACACUUACAUACACACACACUUACAUACACACAC